AUGUCUCAUAGCUCCAUCAACGACAGGAUCGCAAGAGAAACACGCGCCGUCCAUGCGCGCAACAACAGACUCGCCAACGUCAAGCUCCUGCUCGCUCUCAAGAGUGCCGCUGCCUUUCGUGCAUACAUCGUGCCCUUCUACUUUGUCUAUAAGACAUUCGAGGCAGAGCUCGCUGCAGUGAGAGGUACAUCGCAAGACGAGGCCACUCAGCAUGUCUUCCAGGAGCUCUAUGAACCUCUCCUCGAACGUACAAGGAAGAUUGAACAGGACCUACGCUUCUACUACGGGCCCGAUGCAGAUGUUGUAAUGCGCGGCCCUCAGACAAGGACACUCCAAGAGUAUGUCGAGCACAUCCAGAGCAUUGCAAAGCAAGAUCCAGUCAAGCUGCUUGCGUACAGCAGCGUCAUGUACCUCGCGCUCUUUGCUGGUGGACAAAUCAUCAAGAGCAAGAUGGUCAAACGCUACGGCUUCUUCCCAACAAAGCCAGGAGUCUCGCAAGAGGAAAGCAUACGGCAGGGAACCAACAUCUUUACAUUCGACACGAAGGAUGUGCAGACUCUCAAGAAGGCACAUCGAGACCGUUUCGAUCGUGUCGUUGCGCAGUCUCUGACUGCAACACAGCAAGACGCAAUUGUCGCAGAAGCCAAGGAGAUUUUUGUGCGCAACGAGCAGCUCAUUGCCGAGGUGCAGGUUCCUGGUGCUGCUUGGAUCACACUAGACUUGCUCAAAUGGCCAUUGCUUGUACUUUUGCUGCUCUUUCUUGCUAUCUACUGGCUGCGAUCGUGA